AUACUCUACCUUCCUCCAUAUUCGCCUGAUCUGACUCCAAUCAAGGAGUCAUUCAGCACCCGUAAGUUAUGGAUAAUUCAUGUAUUCUCUGUGUCUGAUACAUUGUUGACAGAUCCUGUUGAUGCUCUUCUCGAAGCAACAAGUUGUAUUACAGCGGAGAAGGCACAUGGGUGGUUCAAGAAUGCUUGUACUUGUACAAUUUGA